AUGGCUAUGGACUAUUCGGAGCCUGCGGCUGAAAGUACAGAGCUGAGAAGAUCAGGAUCAACAUCUUCGUCGAAUUACAGCAAUCUCAACGCGAACUUACAUGCUCGAGUGAAAGCGUUCCAGGAACAGCGACAAUUGAAGCGAAAUGGCAGUGUAGGCUCAGUUGGACGUGGAUCGAACGGAUCUGUGUCAGGAAGAGCACCAGAGCUAGCACCAGCGACGGAAAAUUCUGCUCCUAAGACCGCUGCUUGUGCUGGUGUAAAUUCUAGGAGCAUGAAUGUAUGCCAUGGCUCUCAAAAAAGUGCUGAAAGUGUAGUGAAAAGCCCUGAGCCCGAAAACAUCGCGAAGAUCGUCAACAAGCCUCUGCCUCCGCUGCCCCCGAGCAAGGAGAGCGGGCACGUGCUGAGUCCGAUUCGAAGAGCUCCCAGACCUCCUGCUAUGGGGGCAGGAGCGUCGGGUGUUCCAAGAGCUCUCCACAUUGGAGCUAACGGCUCUGCCACCAAAGCGGGUUCUCCGGCAGCUGCAUCUCCUAUGGGCGCUAUGAAGGCGAAACCCAGUCUGAGCGCUAGACGUGGUCUGAAAUUGCCCGCAGGCGGGAUGUCACUCAAAAUGAAGGCCCCCGUUACUCCAGUGGCAGGUGCGGUUGCACAGGAGUUUGCAGCUGCUCCAUCAAACCGUGCCCCUGGAAAACCAACGACCAGCAGGAGCAAUCCUGGCUCUCUUAUCAAUGGUGUGCCAACGACUUCCACAUCGUCAGGCCAACAACGCGACACUGAGGGUACCACUCCACAGCAACAAGUGCAGCAGCAACAAAGUCGGAGUGGGUCAAAUGGACUGUUUACCAACUUUUCCAAAUAUGUUGAUAUAAAGUCCGGGUCGCUCAAUUUCGCAGGCAAGUUAUCGCUAAGUUCGCAAGGUGUUGACUUCAGCAACGGGUCCAGUUUCCGCAUAACCUUGGAUGAGCUCGAAUUUUUGGGGGAGCUAGGACACGGAAACUAUGGUAAUGUCUCUAAGGUUCUGCACAAGCCCACAAACGUCAUAAUGGCCAUGAAGGAAGUACGGUUGGAAUUAGACGAGUCAAAAUUCACACAAAUUUUGAUGGAACUAGAGGUACUGCACAAGUGCCAAAGUCCUUAUAUCGUGGAUUUCUACGGUGCUUUCUUCAUAGAGGGUGCUGUCUACAUGUGCAUCGAGUAUAUGGACGGUGGUUCCCUGGACAAAAUUUAUGAUGAUGGGACCCUUGGGGGCAUAGAUGAGCCACAGCUGGCUUGUAUUACCAACGCCAUAAUUCACGGACUCAAGGAGCUCAAGGACGUGCACAACAUUAUACAUCGAGACGUGAAACCAACCAAUCUACUUUGCUCAGCCGCUCAAGGAACUGUGAAGCUUUGUGAUUUUGGUGUGUCGGGAAAUUUGGUAGCAUCAUUGGCCAAAACAAAUAUUGGCUGUCAGUCUUACAUGGCUCCUGAACGUAUCAAAUCUUUCAACCCCGACAAAUCCACAUAUUCCGUGCAGUCAGAUGUUUGGUCUUUAGGGCUCAGCAUCCUUGAGAUGGCGAUUGGUGCAUACCCAUAUCCCGUUGAAACUUUCGAUAACAUAUUUUCCCAGCUCAGUGCCAUCGUGGACUCACCUCCUCCCAAAUUACCGCAAGGUAGAUUCAGUUCCUUAGCUCAAGACUUUGUGAACAUGUGCUUGCAGAAGAUUCCUGAAAGGAGACCCACGUAUGCUGCGCUAUUAGAGCAUCCGUGGCUAAAAACUUAUUGCGACACUGACGUUAGCAUGAGUGAAUAUAUUAGCACGCGGCUACAGAAGAAAUGGCAAGCUACUGAGGUUGAUGGUGUAAGCGAUGCGACGGAUACUGGUGCCAUCCCAGCUCUUCAUAAAGGAGGCCUAUAA